GAGAAAGAAGAAGAGCACACGACUCCCAGCGCGCGGAAGGGACACACACUUUUGUUGUUUAAUGAUCGGUGAGGUUUUUUGGUGAUGGACUUCGGUAAGGAGAGGGUGGUCGCACUGGUGGACAUGGAUUGCUUUUAUGUACAAGUGGAGCAGAGGAUCAAUCCCGAGCUGAAGAACAAACCCUGCGUUGUAGCUCAAUACAAGACGUGGAAAGGAGGAGGUAUUAUUGCAGUGAGUUAUGAAGCCAGGGCUCAUGGGGUCACCAGGAACAUGUGGGCAGAUGAUGCCAAGAAGCUGUGCCCUGAUCUGCAGGUGGCACGGGUCAGAGAGUCACAUGGGAAGGCGGAUCUUACCCAUUAUAGGGAGGCCAGCGUGGAGGUGAUCGAGGUGAUGUCACGCUUUGCUGUCAUUGAGAGAGCGAGUAUUGACGAGGCGUACAUGGACCUCACUGCAAGCGUACAGCAGAGGCUUAAAGAUAUGACCGCCCAGGACAUUAAACCUGAUCAUCUGAAGAGCACCUACAUACAGGGCUUUCCACAAAACACCGACCAGGAGUCACACAGCGAGAAUGCAGUGUUAGAUAAAGAAGAACAGCGUGCCAGAGGACUGAAGCAGUGGCUGGACUCUCUGUCUCAGGUGAACGGUGCGGAGCUGCAUUUGGCCGUGGGUGCUCUUUUAGUGGGGGAGAUGAGGGCCGCUGUGGAGAAACACACUGGAUUUCGCUGCUCUGCUGGAAUCUCCCACAAUAAGGUGUUGGCCAAACUCGCAUGUGGUUUGAAUAAACCCAACCGCCAAACAGUUCUGCCACUCGGAUCUGUACCCCAACUGUUCAGCUCACUUCCCAUCUGUAAAAUUCGUAAUCUUGGAGGAAAACUGGGAACGUCUGUUGCUGAAACUCUGGGGGUGGAAAACAUGGGAGAGCUCACUCAGUUCGCCAAAGCCCAACUGGAACUGCACUUUGGAGAGAAGACGGGGCCGUGGCUGUAUGACUUGUGCAGAGGAAUAGAGUUUGAGGCUGUAAAACCUCGACAGCUCCCAAAAUCCAUUGGCUGCAGUAAGAACUUUGCAGGAAUAACAUGUUUGGCUACAAAAGAAAAGGUGCAGUAUUGGCUUCAUCAGUUGGCUCUUGAAUUAGAGGAAAGACUGAACAAAGACAGAGAAAUGAACGGAAGAGUGGCCAAACAGCUGACUGUGGGGGUCCGGCAGGCCGGAGAUAAAAGACCCUACAGUUUUUCUCGCUGCUGUGCUCUUGCAAGAUACGAUGCAGCGAAAAUCACUGUGGACAGCUUUGCUAUCAUCAAGAGUCUUAAUGCUGCAGGAAAUCACCAGGAAGCGUGGUCACCUGCAUUGACUUGUCUUCAUCUGUCAGCCAGUAAGUUCAGUGAUGCACCAUCAUCCUCAUCAGGAGCAAUAACAAACUUCCUCUCCAGUGAUGCACCUUCAACACAAUCCCUUCGGGCCUCUACACAGACCCCCACCGUACACAAAACACAGCCCGCUCCCGGGGUCAUCGAAUCUCUGUUCCACAAAGCGGCUAAAAAGAAAAAAAGCCAAGUGGAGGAAGCUUGUAAAGAUGAACCUACAUUUUUGUCCCCCACCCCUGUGGAAAACAUACCCACAGCUACUCCUCGAACAAACACAGGCGGUUCGAGUGCUGGUAUCUCAUCCUUCUUCCAAAAAAAGAGCCAGCUCUCUGAUGCCAGCACUUCAAUCCCGACUCGAGAUGAGACAAACUCGGGUCAGGUUGAGACACCUGAACAGAGCUCCCGCAGUGGUACUAGUGACUCUGGCCCAUCCGAUUACCCAUCAUGCACUGCAGACGCCGCUGUAUCCAGUGAGGAUUUUCACACGUGCGAGCGUUGUGGACAGAAGGUGUUGGUCUGGGAUGUACCUGAACACACAGACUACCAUUUUGCUCUGGAUUUGCAGAAAUCACUCUCUUCCUCGACCUCUGGCGACAGCCACGUUGGAGCCAGAACACCUCAGACAUCCCGUGGGAAGAGCAGAAUGAAGAUUCAGGGUGGACCGGUUGCUAAAAGAGCCAGAGCUCAAGGAGGCACUGCUACGCUGGAUUCCUUCUUCAGAAAGAUGUAGUG